AUGGCCAUUACUAUCAGAGAAGCUCUUGACAAGCUGGACGACCGUCGCGUUAGGAACAUACGUCCUUUGAUCCCUCCGCAGAUUCUGCAGGAGGAUCUCCCUCUGACGCUGAGCGCUGUCCAGACCGUUCUGGAAGGGCGGAAGGCCACAGAGAACAUCCUUCACUCAAAGGAUGAUCGACUACUAGUCGUGGUGGGCCCAUGCUCCGUCAACAACGUCGAGUCAGCGAUGGAAUAUGCGCGGCUGCUCCGCGCAUACGCUGAGGAGGCCAAAGAUGAUCUCCACAUCAUCAUGCGGGUCUACUUCGAGAAGCCCCGUACUACCGUUGGAUGGAAGGGUCUCAUCAACGACCCGGACAUGAACGGGACUUUCCAGAUAAACAGGGGACUGCGCAUCGCUCGGACUCUGCUUCUUGAUCUUGCGAAGCUCGGUCUUCCCGCAGGUUGCGAAUUUCUGGAUACCAUCAGCCCGCAAUACACCGCCGACCUCGUGUCCUGGGGCGCUAUUGGGGCGCGAACGACCGAAUCGCAGGUACACCGAGAACUCACCUCGGUUCUGUCGAUGCCGACAGGGUUCAAAAACUCUACCGAUGGCAGCGUUGGAAUUGCUGUUGACGCUUGCAGGGCAGCCAGCCAGCCGCACGUUUUCCUGAGUGUGGGAAAGGAAGGGCUCAGCAGCAUUGUAGAGACGGAGGGCAAUCCCGACGUGCAUGUUAUCCUCCGCGGUGGUUCGGGCGGUCCCAACUAUGCUGCCGAGUACGUCCGAGAUUGCGGGGUUAAACUCGCCAAAGCUGGCUUUGCGCAAAAGAUUAUGAUUGACUGCAGCCAUGGGAAUAGCCAGAAGCAGCACAAACGCCAGAUUGACGUCGCAGAUGACAUUGCGCAGCAAUUAGAGUCUGGGGACACGUCUGCGAUGAUCAUGGGCGUCAUGAUCGAGUCUAACCUUGUGGAGGGACGCCAGGAUAUCCCUGUAUCUGGACCCGCUGGAUUGGUGUACGGCCAAUCGGUGACUGAUGCAUGCCUCUCAUGGGACCAGACGAUCCCAGCCCUGGAGCGUCUCCGUGAGGGCGUUCGUGGCCGGCGGAAUUUGCUUCGCAACCGAUCGAGGGGCGCAAGCGUCAGCGCCGCAAAAGUGAAUGGUGCCAACGGAGUCAAGGCCAACGGGACCGUUGUACCCGAACUCACCAAGGCGAACGGUACGAAUGGUGUUUCGGCCUAG